UGCUGUAUUUGGAAGUGGAGGCUGUUGUGCGAUCAGGGAGAAGGAGCUGGCUGUAGCUGUGCGUUCUGUGUUUGAUAUACAACGUUCUGUAGCAUUCUAAAGGGUGCUAAAUAAAGUAUAUAGCUGUACACUCCGGGCUUCCCGGUAUACAUAUCAAGAUGAGCAGCACCACCAAGCUAUGUCAACGUCUUAGGAAAUACAACGAUCUGCCGGUCUGGGUGGUGGAAGAUCACCAUGAUGUUCUGCCCUUUAUCUAUCGAGCUAUUGGAUCAAAACAUCUGCCGAGCAGUAACCUCAGCUUUAUUCACUUUGAUUCCCACCCAGACCUCCUGAUACCUGUGAACAUGACUGCAGACACUGUAUUCGACAAGGAAGCUCUGUUUAGUGAACUAAGUAUUGAGAACUGGAUCAUGCCAGUGGUGUAUGCUGGACACUUUUCUCGUGUGGUGUGGAUCCAUCCGAUCUGGGCCCAGCAGAUAAAGGAAGGCAAGCAUUCCUUCUUGGUCGGCAAAGACAAAACUACAACUACCAUAAGGGUUACAAGCACAGAUGACUACUUCCUGAGUGAUGGUCUUUACGUCCCCAAAGAACAGCUUGAGAACCCCAAAUCUCUGGAUUUGGAUGUUAUUUUGUUGAACCCUGUGAACGAACCAGGAUGGGAAGAUACAGAAAAAGGUGAAUCUGCGGCUAAAAAGCAAAAGCUCACGAGAAAUGAAGAAGGACAUAGUGAUUCUGCGUCCGCGUUCCAAAGUAUCACCUCCAAGGGAGUUUCUUUUUCUGUGUGUGAAGAUACGGAAGACGGCUUGAGGAAAGGCACCUCUUCUCAUAGCAGCAUGGAAACGUGUAAUGAUCCUAAUAGCCUGUCGUCACCCAACGCAGAGAUUGCCAAUACCAUUAUACAAAUUCUGGAGAAAGGGGAUGCCUACGUUCUGGAUGUAGAUUUAGAUUUCUUUUCGGUCAAGAAUCCUUUUAAGGAAAUGUACACUCAGGAUGAAUACAACAUUUUGCAAGAGCUUUACAGCUUCAGGAAGCCAACCCCUAAUGAUACAGAGGAUGCCUUGGUAGAUUGUGUAGAGAAUCGCAUACGUCAGCUUGAGGACCUCGAAGCAGCUUUUGCCGACUUUUGUGAGGAUGAUGGUGAGGAGACCAUACAACGAUGGGCUUCUAACCCUGGAAUGGGCUCUCUAAUCCAGCUUGUGCACAGCCUGAAAUCUCGGAUGGAAGCCCCAGACUAUGAAAUGAUCCACCAAGCUGGUCUAACAUGUGAUUAUGCUGAGCUGCCUCAUCAUGUAAGCUUAGAGGUGGAGAUUCAAGGUCUUAUCCAAUCAAUGAAACAUUUGUUAAGACAUCUUCCCAAGCCAACAUUGGUCACACUAGCACGGUCUAGUCUAGAUGAUUAUUGCCCUUCCGAACAGGUUGAUUUCAUACAAGAAAAGGUUCUGGAUGUGCUGCGAUCCCUGUAUGGUACAUUGGACGUCCAUUUGGAAUUUUCACCUGGCUCAUCUUCCAUCUGAAAUGCAACCUUUGUUGUCAUACUUAUAUGCUAUAAUAUGGAUAUACGUAAUUAGUCAUAAUUAUGCACAUGCCUCUCCACUAUAAGUAUAUAUGACUAGAAGCGGUUUUGACAUUUUAUGUCAUUUUGUGUCUUAGUAAAUUUAAACCACUUGUCAUUCUUACAUGGUUAGAACAAUGAUUACGAUGAAACGUGAUUUAUAGUUUGAGCAAAGAAACUUUAGCCAGAGACCUAGAAGCUAGUUGCUGAAAUAGUGCUAUUCUUUAGCGGUCUACUUAGAUGUCUGUACUUUUAUUGUCGGUAUGUUUACGUCUUUACUCUACUCUAGUAGAAAUACUAGCUGUCACAUAAUAUUUUUACAAUUUUAUUUAAUAGUAUGUGAAUUUUGAAUGUCAAGUGAUACUGAAUAUCACAAUUUCCAGCAAUAAGUGUUUUGAAUCUGUUUGGCUUUUUUAUUUAGAUUCUGUUGAAUCAUUGUCAUACAUAGAUACUUUGUAAACAUUCAAAAUGUAAGGAAAAUAUCUUCAAAAUGUGUGCCAGUAAUUAAAGAUUAUGUUAGCUUUAGUGUACUAAUAAUCUUAAUUUUAAUUAUGACAGGAGGCGAGUAUUUUGCAUAAUCUUUCUUUACUAACUCCAUAGCAUCAAAGAAAAGUAAUGAGAAAACUGAGAACCAAUCACAAGCAAGCAUAGGUUAUAAGAGGCAUGUUUCACUGCACCGAUUCCUCUUUAAAACUGUGACAUCACAAGUCCAUUAAGCAACGAAACAGUAGAAGAACACAUUGUGGUAAACUUUAAACAAGAAAUGGAUGAAGGUGGUCCCAACGAAGAGACGUCUGGGAUUCAACUGUAUGUUCCAAUUAAAAUGACGAGGAAGAUCCCAUCGAAGGAACACUUUGGGUUCAACUGUGGGUUCCAAUUAAACUGAAAAGAGAAUAUAAAGAUUUUAGUCUCCAAAAAGGGAUGUAUAAAAACUUAUACCCUGACUACGUAUAAUGCACAUAGUACAAUCCUGUCCUCCCCCAGCUAGUGUAAUCAACUAAAACAAACCACUCCCG